GUUCUCUUUCAUUAUGGUGAGUGAUGGGGAUGAUGAUGAUGAUGACGACGGUGGUGGUGCUGAUGGUGCUGAUGGUGGUAGUGUUAGUGGUGAUGAUGAUGGCCGAAUCUGCGGAUCCUUGGAAAGAUGCGAAGAGCAUGUAUGAGUUCUCGGCGAAGGACAUCGACGGGAAUGAAGUGUCAUUAGAAAAAUACAAAGACCACGUUUGCAUCGUGGUGAACGUGGCGUCGAAGUGAGGGAAGACUGCCGUGAACUACACUCAGCUCGCUGCUCUGCACAAGCAGUACGCUGAGAGCCACGGCCUCCGCAUCCUCGCCUUCCCCUGCAACCAGUUUGGCAAGCAGGAACCGGGCACGGACGCGGAGAUAAAGGAGUUUGUGAAGAAGUACAAUGUGGAGUUCGACAUGUUCUCCAAAAUCGACGUCAACUCUGACAGUGCGCACCCACUGUGGAAGUGGCUGAAGAGCCAGCCCAACGGCAGGGGCACCCUGUACAAUGCAAUCAAGUGGAACUUUACCAAGUUUCUCAUCGAUAAGCAUGGACAGGUGGUCAAGCGAUACGGCCCAGUGGAUGAUCCCGUGGGGAUUGAGAAGGACUUCCUGCCCAUUUUUUAGGCUUUUCUUUUAGGCCUUGCCAGAUUCUCCCCUCCGACAUUCCUACCCAAGCCCGGCAGAACCUUCUUCGUCUUGACUUUUGGCUGCUCAUUCGCCAGCCUCGCCCACGUGCUUGGAGCCAAUGAAGGGUGGCCCCACAAACCAGGAAUCCUGGGAGGGCUGCCCUGAAAGAGAGCGGCGUGCAGUCCGCUCUAUCCAGCAGGGGUGACGGCAGAGCGUGCGUGGUCAUUGUCAUGCGAAGGCCGGCAAAAAACCGGCUCUGUUGCUUUCUUUACAAAAAAAAUGUGUUUCUGCUUUAGAAAUGCUUGUCUGUGCUCAUGGUAGGAUUGAACUUUUGUGCUCUCUUUGAAACUCGAUGGUUAAUUGGCUUGUAAUUUGCAGGCAAUAAGGAAACGCUUUGUAAAAGAGGUAACUAUUGGAUUUCAACAAGCUUUGGGCUUCCGUUAUUAGCGGCUGCCAUGUGUAGUUUAGCGUUAUCUUGCACAGAUGUCGCGACACAAUUAAGUUUCCUUAACGAUGUUAGAUACCAGGGCACCAUUAGAUUACAAGUGAAUUCAUAUUGCCAAAUCAUUUCAACUUGAAUAGAGUAAAUUAUUGGUUGUACAGUUGCUUUUUUUACUUUAAAAUGGCUACUUAAAUGUGCAUGUUAUUUAUAAAACUGAAUGAAAAAUUCAUGUUUAUGCAUGUUUGUUCAAUUGGACAAAACAUGAUGUUGAUGCUAAAUCAUAACUUGCACAUGGUGUUUCUAUCUAUCCCAAAGUUGCGUGAUUUUUCAAGACCGCAGUUGUAUCAGUCAUUAAGACAGAUAUUGUAUGCGUUUUAAUAGUUUGCCUAUUCCACCACACAACAUUGGCAGGGAUUGUCACGUGCUUUUGGAUCCCACAAUGCCCUGUGGUCCUUGUACCAUUUUGUUUGUAAAUUUCACUGUGCCGUAAGAAAUCACAAGUCUUAAACAAUUGUUUGCUAGAACCAAUAAAAAUCAAAGUGUGGCCA